AUGAAUGAAAGACAAUCAAUCAGUUCUCAACAGGGGUCUUUCUCCCAAUUUCAGCUCAAUCCCUCAAGGCCAGUUAAGCGACGGAAGCCACCGGCACAAAUUCAGCAACAAUUGAAGGAUUCUAUACCUAAAACUGAGGACGAGUGGCAAAGUGCCAGAAGACGACGUAGGUUCGUCACCGUGGAGGACAUUAACAUAUGGAUUUCAAACCUUAUUCUCUUGGAUGAAGCUUUGCCUGAUGGUAUACGGAGGUUUAUCAAUGUUGCAAUCUUUUGCGUAGAAAGUGGUAAAGAUGAAGUUGUGGCUCAUCGCAAUUAUGAGGCGCGCGUGUCUGCUACAUGCUCGGUUAUAAGUAUUCGGAACUACGCUUGUCUUGUACGAGGUGUGAUCGCUUUGAUCGAUCAAGUGUACCCACAAUUACGGCACCGGGCCUUUGAGGCUGUGCUACUAUACGCACCUCUAAACCUGGCAUCUCUGGCGGCUUAUAAACAAGAGCCAGACCAGUUCAAGUCACACUUUCAAAGCAUUAAAAUUCUCCCCGAAGAGCAUGCUUCACAGGCACUUUAUAUUCCUUUUCUUGUCGCAUAUAAGCUCUCAAACUAUUCGUACGAGGAGGUUUGCAAAGCUCUUGGUACCUACACCCUCCCGAGGACAGAGUUCCUCAGGUUUGUCUCGGUGAUCGAAAACCAAAAGCCAGUACCCCACAUACUUCCAGCUCCCACAAAGAAUCGCUACGACCCAAUUCGUGACAGAUGGGCGAAAGGCGACAUGGAUAUAUAUAAACACAUCAAUACCGAAGCAAUGUUUGCUAUUCCCGACUCAAUGGCAGAUUACAAAUGCUUUAAUCUUUCAGAGACAAUUCAGCAAAAGGCAUCCGAAGCAGCUGAGGAGCAGGAUGGUUGCGUACCCCUGGAUAUCCCUGGUGUGAGAAUCUUCAGGUUUGAUUGGACUUCAUACCACGACGCUGUGAACAGCCCGGUUCUGGGAUUGCUGGUACGUAAGCCUAUAGUAGUUCAGGACCAAGCUGACUUAUAA